AACCGCGGUGGUUCUAGCGCCACAUUGCCCCUUCAGCUGCCUCUUCCAAAUAUUAUUCCGUCUGAGAUAAACAAGUUUGAGGCAAAAGUAAAUGCUCCUGUGCUGCCUCUGUCAGCGGUUGAUGAAGUAAAUUCUGAUUCUCUAGCCGAGAACCUAUUAAGACUGUUGCGUUCGCCGCCUAUCGAUAGCAGAAUCUGGUCAGAGGCAGUACUGAUGAGAAACAGCACACCUUUUAACUUCGGAUACAGGCCAAAACCUCACUCAACGGGUGAUAUAGGCGCAUCAGCACCAGUGUUAACGACCAGUAUAAAGAAUUCAAUAGAAAAUAGUCGGUUUAGAGAUCACGGCAUUGGUGUAAUAGAAAUAUAUGCUGGUCAAUGGCACGAGGACCAACGUUCUGGAUAUGGAGUUGCCCUGCGAAGUGAUGGACUUGCAUAUUCAGGAGAAUGGUUGGCUAAUCAAAAGCACGGCCUUGGAAUGACUGUAUAUCCAGACGGUAGGAGCGAAGAGGGUAGAUAUAGAGCAAAUCGUUUGGUGGUCGAAGUAAUUCGGCGUAACCGUCUUCAGCUGUUCCGGAAUUCAAAGUUACGUGAAAGCGUCGAAGAAGCUGUGCGCCGAGCAGGCGAGUCAGCUCAGGAGGCACGAAAUAACGCGGCUACCAUGGCCUACAUCAGCUCACCAUUAACCGAAGGAAUGUACGAAGAAGACUUCGGUUCACUGUACUGCGAACCCGAUGACUCUGUACUAGCUUUCGUCCUUCAUGUGACGAACAUGGUCAGAGCCAAAAACCAUUAUUUACGAUCAAUCACGAAAAGCAUUAAACCAAGUAAGGUGGUGAUUGAGAUUCUACUUACUUCUCAUACAUCAAUUUGCAACAUAAUGCGGUAUUCCAUGAUUUGGUUGGCUGCUUUAGGCUUGUCCUACAUAGCGUAG